AGAAGAAAAGUAAAGAUGAGUCUAAAAGGGAAGAUGGUGCGGCAGGUGGCCAUUAAAUCCAACGGAGAUGUCUUCCAUGAGAUAUUCAGGCACAGGCCACAUCACAUCUCCAAUAUGUCCCCCGAUAACAUUCAGGGCUGCGACUUGCACCAAGGCAACUGGGGUACUGUGGGUUCUGUCGUUUUCUGGAAUUACACUCAUGAUGGGAAGAAGAAGGUAGCCAAGGAGAUUAUCCAAGCAAUUGAUGAGGAAAACAAGUCGGUGACCUACAAGGUGAUAGAGGGAGAUCUGAUGCAGCUGUACAAGACCUUCAUCAUCAUCGUGCAUGUGGACACUAAAGGAGAGAACAACCUGGUGAACUGGACCUUCGACUACGAGAAGCUGAACGAGAGAGUUGAAGAUCCAAACACAUUGAUGGACUUCUGUAUUGCAGUCACCAAGGACAUUGAGACCCAUCAUCUCAAAUAA